AUGAGCUCACUCAAACGAAAGGAUGCCCCCGGGGGUACUCCUCCAUCCAAGUCCGCCAAGUCCAACAAGGCCUCGCGGCCCUCGAAGCGCGACACUCCCACCAAGGACCGCAAGGAGAAGAAGUCGGAGGAAGACGCACCCGCACCCAGGGCCCCGACGGUCUCCCGACUUCUCAAGGAUGAAGAGCCUCUGUUUCCUCGUGGCGGCGGCAGCGUCCUGACGCCUCUCGAGCAAAAGCAAAUCACAAUGGAGGCCAAGGCAGAUGCUGCCAAAGAACAGGCCGAGUUCGAUGUCAACGAAAAGAGCAAGGCGAAGAAGGAGAAGAGGCGCAAGGCGAAAGAGACUAAGGAUACAACAAAACCUACCCGUGACGAGGACGCUGUCAAGAUCGAGGGUUUGAACUUCAAGCGACUGGUCAAAGGCUCCUUGGUUCUGGGUCAGAUCAGCCACAUCGACCCCGUUCAACUCACAGUCGCGCUGCCGAACAACCUGACGGGACACGUCUCGAUUGCCUCGAUAUCCGAUACCAUCAACUCGAAAUUGGAGGGCGCCAUGGAAACCUCCGACAACGAGAGCGAGGACGAAGACGAGGAGGACGACGUCGACCUGAAAUCCAUGUUCAAGGUCGGUCAGUACGUCCGCGCAUACGUUCUUUCGACAUCCGACGAUGCGGCUGUCGGCAAGGCCAAGCGACGCAUCGAGCUUUCUUUGAGACCGGUGGACACCAACACUGGUGUUUCAAGCGACGAUGUCGUGGCGAACAUCACCCUCAUGGCGUCUAUCUCCAGUGUGCAGGACCACGGUUACGAGAUGGAUCUGGGCAUCAAGGGAGAUCUGAAGGGUUUCCUUUCCAAGAAGGAGGUCGCACCUGAUAUGGACGAGGCUAGUCUCAGACCCGGCGCCGUCUGCCUUUGCGUGGUCAAGAGCGUCACCGGUAUCGUCGUCCAGCUUUCGACCGACCCUCAGAAGCUUAGCAACACCUCCAACGUUGCCUCGAAUGCGCCGACAAUCAACUCUUUCCAGCCUGGAUCCCUUGCCGAUGUCCUUCUUACCGAAGUCACCAAGAGAGGCCUCCAGGGCAAGCUCCUCGGCCACCUGCCGGUAACUGCCGAUCUGAUUCACUCUGGCGUCGGCCCCGACGGAGUCGACCUCGACGCCAAGUACAAGGUUGGUGCCCGCAUCAAGGCACGCAUUAUCUGCAACUUCCCAGCUGCGAGGGAACCCAAGCUGGGUAUCUCACUGCUGCCGCACGUCAUCAAGUUGGAGUCGAAGGCAUCAGGCAAGGGCAGCAGAGCCAAGGCGCCCCUCGAUGCUCUUCCUAUUGCUUCAUUCGUCGAGACAUGCACCGUUCGCCAGGUGGAGCCAGAGAUUGGUCUCUACGUCGAUACCGGCGUUGCCAACGUCUCCGGCUUCGUUCACAUCUCUCGCGUCAAGGAUGGCAAGGUGGAUGCUCUGUACGAGUCCAGUGGACCCUUCAAGGUCGGCACAACCCACCGUGGCAGAGUCGUUGGUUACAGCCCCUUGGACGGCAUGUUCCUUCUGUCGUUCGAGAAGUCCGUCCUGGAUCAGGCCUUCAUCCGUCUCGAGGAUGUCCCUAUCGGCGAGGUUGUCUCUGGAAAGAUUGACAAGAUGAUCGUCGGCGGAAACGGAGUCAGCGGCUUGAUUGUUAAGCUGGCGGAAAACAUCACUGGAUUCGUCCAUGAAUCGCAUUUGGCUGAUGUCAAACUUCAACACCCCGAGAAGAAGUUUAGGGAGGGAAUGACAGUCAAGGCACGUGUCCUCUCCGUAAGAUUGCGAAAGCACCAGCUUCGCCUUACGUUGAAGAAGACUCUUGUCAACUCGGAUUCGGCCAUCAUCAAGAACUACGAGGAUGUCGAGGUUGGCAUGCAAACUCCCGGUACGAUUACGUCCGUCAGUGAUGACGGUGCUCGCCUCGAGUUCUUCGGCGAUGUCAGAGGUUUCCUCCCUCUCUCGCAGAUGAGCGAGGCCUACAUCAAGGACCCCAAGGAGCACUUCCGUACCGGCCAGGUUGUCAGUGUUCACGUCUUGAGUGUGGUGCCCGAGGACCGCAAACUGGUGGUUUCCUGCAAGGACCCCUCCGCUUUCGGUCUUGAUAAACAAGAGGCCCUGAAGUCGCUGAAGGUCGGCGACCUCGUCUCUGCCAAGGUUUCUCAGAAGACCGAGGAUGAGGUCUUCGUGGACCUGGAAGAGAGCGGCCUCAAGGCCAUUCUCCGUGUGGGACACCUCAGCGACAAGUCUGCGAGCAAGACGCAGGCUGCUCUGAAGCGCAUUCACGUUGGCCAGACCUUGACGGAUCUCAUGGUUCUCGACAAGAACGAGCGCCGCCGUGCCGUUAUCCUGACUCAAAAGCCUAGCUUCAUCGAGGCAAGCAAGAAUGGAAAGCUCUUGUCCAACGCUGAUGAUGUUACUAUUGGCGCUGUCGUCCCGGCCUAUGUGAGGGAAAUCGGCCCUCAUGCCGUCUACGUUCAAUUCGGCGGUAACCUCACCGCCAUUCUGCCCAAACCGAAGCUCGCCAAGGAUGUCCAGGAGAAGGAGGCUUUUGGAAUGCGCAAGCACCAGUCCAUCGAGGUCAAGAUCGUUUCCUCCAAGCCCGAACAAAAUCGCAUCAUCGUUGCACCUGCAUCUGCCGGGGAGCCCGAGAAGGCCCCGGCUGCUGCUGCCCUGAACUCGAUCGAUGAGAAGAUUCGCGACGUGAACGAUGUCGAAUUGGGAACUAUCAUGAACGCCAAGGUGACCUCUGUGAAGGCUACUCAGCUGAACGUCAAGGUUGCCGACAACAUUCAAGGACGUAUCGAUGUUUCACAAUUUUUCGACAGCUUCGAAGACAUCACCGACCGAAAGACGCCUUUGAAGAAGGUCCGAAACGAUGAAAUCAUCCGUGUUCGUGCCAUCGGCAUUCACGACUCCAAGAACUACCGCUUCCUCCCUUUCUCGCAUCGCUCAACACACUCCCUUAUCGAACUUACCGCCAAGAAGAGUGACCUCGAGGCUGACGAGGUUGAGCUUCUCUCAUACGAGAAGGUCAAGGUUGGCGCCUCAUACCCGGCCUUCGUCAACAACCACGGCAAGAACUGUCUGUGGGUUAACCUGUCCCCUACCGUCCGUGGAAGAAUUGGCAUUAUGGAGGUUUCCGACGACUUGUCUCACGCCGGCAACCUUGAGAAGUACUUCCCUAUCGGAUCAGCCCUCAAGGUCCGUGUUUUGUCUGUAGAUGCUGAGAAGGGCCACCUGGAUUUGUCCUCUCGUUCGACCACGGCUGUCAGCGAAGUCACUUGGGACUCUCUCAAGAAGAACACGGUCCUUCCCGGAAGAGUCACCAAGGUCAACGACCGCCAGCUGAUGGUCAAGCUCAGCGAUACCGUUUCCGGCCCCGUUCACCUGGUCGAUCUGUGCGAUGACUACGAGGAGGCAAACACGCUCAAGCUCAACAAGGGCGCCAUCAUCAGAGUCGCCGUUGUUGAGGUUGACAAGAGCAACAAGAGACUCAGAUUGUCUACCCGUCCUUCCCGUAUCCUCAGCUCGACUUCACCCGUUGCCGACCGCGAGAUCACCUCUGCACACCAGCUGUCCUCUGGUGAUAUUGUUCGGGGUUUCGUCAAGAAUGUCGCCGACAAGGGCGUUUUCGUCCAGCUCGGAGGCAACGUUUCCGCCCUGGUGAAGAUUGCCAACCUGUCAGACCGUUACAUCAAGGACUGGAGGGGAAGCUUCCAGAUUGACCAACUUGUCAAGGGUCGUGUGAUCAACGUUGACGCUGCCGCUAACCAGGUUGAGCUGAAUCUCAAGGCUUCCGUCGUCGAAAACGACUACACUCCUCCCAUCUCAUGGAAGGACGUGAAGGAGGGUCAGAUUGUGACCGGCAAGGUUCGCAAGGUUGAGGAGUUUGGCGCUUUCAUUGUGGUGGACAACUCAACCAACGUCAGUGGACUGUGCCAUCGCAGUGAGAUGGCUGAGAAGCCUGUUGAGGAUGCCCGCAAGCUUUACAACGAGGGUGAUGUCGUCAAGGCCAAGGUUAUCGCCAUCGACGACGAGAAGAGACGCAUUACCUUCAGCUUGAAGCCCAGCCACUUCGAUGAGGACAGUGAUAUGGACGACGUUGAUGGAGGUGCCGAACUCGACAGCGACGAUGACUCGGAUGUGGAGAUGGGUGAUGGCGUCCAAUUCACCAUCAGCGGAACGGACAACGUGGACGACUCCGACGACGACGAGGAAGAGGAGGAGUCAGAUGCCGAAGACAGCGACGUGGAGAUGGAGGAGACGUCCGCGAAGAAGAAGGGAUUGAGCGCCGGCAAGUACGACUGGACAGGCGAUGCGUUCGACGAGUCAGACAACGAGUCAGGCAAAGCAAAGAAGUCAAGCACCGCCGACAAGAAGGAGAAGAAGAAGGGCGAGAUCCAGGUGGAUCGUACCGCGGAUCUUGACGCCCACGGGCCCCAAACCGCGACCGAUUACGAGCGUCUCCUCUUGGGUCAGCCCGACUCGUCUCAGCUCUGGAUCGAGUACAUGGCUUUGCAGAUGAAGGUUAGCGAGCUGUCCAAGGCUCGUGAGAUCGCCGAGCGCGCCAUCAAGACCAUCAACAUCCGCGAGCAGGAGGAGAAGCUGAACGUCUGGAUUGCCUACCUCAACUUGGAAGUUGCCUACGGCACAAAGGCUUCCACGGAAGAGGUCUUCAAGCGCGCCUGCCUGUACAACGAUGAGAAGGAAGUCCACGAGCGUCUGGCCAGUAUCUACAUCCAGUCCGGCAAGCUCAAGCAAGCGGAUGAUGUCUUCCAGUCCCUCGUCAACAAGUUCAAGUCCAAGUCGCCCGACGUCUGGGUCAACUACGCACACUUCCUCCACGUGACGAUGAACGAGCCCGACAGGGCGCGCGCUCUCCUUCCCCGCGCGACACAGGCCCUCGACCAGAAGCACACCGCACAGCUGAUGGCCAGAUUCGCCGCCCUCGAGUUCAAGUCGCCCAACGGCGACGCCGAGCGCGGCCGCACCACGUUCGCGACCAUCUUGGCGACAUGGCCGAAGCGGUUCGACUUCCACAGCCAGCUCGUCGACCUCGAGCUCUCGGCCCCGGAACCGGACGCUGCGGCGAUCAGGGACGCCUUCGAGAUGGGCACCAAGGCCAAGGGCCUCAAGCCCAAGAAGGCCAUGAAGUGGUUCAAGCGGUGGGCCGACUGGGAGGAGAAGCUCGACCCGAAGGGCCGGGACAAGGUGAUGGCCAAGGCGCAGGAGUGGGUGGCUGCCAAGAAGGCGGCGGCGGCUGCUUCUGCUGCUGCCGAGGAGGAGGAAGACGACGAGUAA